GUGAACCGAGGAGCCGGACGGGGCCUGCUGUCAGAGUCAGACUCAGGACAGAAGGCGACGCCGGGGCUGAGGCGGGAUGUGCGCGGAGAGCGGGGCCGCCGCCUCUGCCUCUGCCGCUGCCGCUUCCUUGGCCCUCCUGGCCUUCGCCCUCCUGGCGGCGCUGGUGGUGCGGCAGCUGCUGAAGCAGAGGCGGCCGGUGGGCUUCCCUCCGGGCCCCGCGGGGCUCCCGCUCGUCGGCAACAUCCACUCGCUGGCCGCCGAGCAGCCCCACGUCUACAUGAGGCGCCAGAGCCAGCUCCACGGCCAGAUCUUUAGUCUUGAUUUGGGUGGUAUCUCCGCUAUUGUACUGAAUGGAUAUGAUGCAAUAAAAGAAUGCCUUGUUCAACAAAGUGAGGUCUUUGCAGACAGGCCAUCUCUUCCUUUGUUCAAGAAGCUGACAAAAAUGGGAGGUUUAUUGAACUCAAGAUAUGGACGAGGUUGGACAGAGCAUCGCAAAUUAGCUGUAACCAGCUUUCGGAUAUUUGGUUAUGGUCAGAAGGCCUUUGAAAGCAAAAUAUCAGAAGAAUCAAUGAUUUUCCUUGAGGCCAUUGAUACCUAUAAAGGGAAGCCUUUCGACCUGAAAUACUUAAUAACAAAUGCAGUUUCAAAUAUUGCUAAUUUGAUUAUUUUUGGAGAGCGGUUUACAUAUGAAGACACUGAAUUUCAGCACAUGAUUGAAAUAUUUAGUGAAAACAUUGAAUUGGCAGCAAGUGCAUCUGCUUUUUUGUAUAAUGCUUUUCCAUGGAUUGGUGUCCUGCCUUUUGGAAAACAUCAGCAACUCUUUAAAAAUGCAGCUCAGGUCUAUACCUUUCUACUCCACCUUAUUGAGCGCUUCUCCCAGAACAGGAAACCUCAGUCACCUCGGCAUUUCAUAGAUGCAUAUUUAGAUGAAGUGGAUAAACAUAAAAAAGACCCAGAGUCCACCUUUUCCAUGGAAAACUUAAUUUUCUCUGUGGGAGAACUCAUGAUUGCUGGAACAGAAACUACAACAAAUGUUUUAAGAUGGGCAGUGUUGUUCAUGGCUCUUUAUCCUAAUAUUCAAGGGCAAGUUCAUAAAGAAAUUGAUAUAGUAAUUGGACCAAAUAGAACACCAUGCCUAGAAGAGAAAUGUAAAAUGCCAUACACAGAAGCAGUACUGCAUGAAAUUUUAAGAUUCUGUAAUAUAGCUCCUCUAGGUAUUUUCCAUGCAACUUCUAAGGACACAGUCGUGCGUGGGUAUACCAUCCCUCAAGGCACUACAGUCAUUACAAAUCUCUAUUCUGUACAUUUUGAUGAAAAGUACUGGAGUAAUCCAGAAAUGUUUUGCCCUGAGAGGUUUUUGGACAGCUCUGGACAGUUCAUCAAGAAAGAAGCAUUUGUUCCAUUUUCAUUAGGACGAAGACAUUGUUUAGGAGAACAGCUGGCCAGAAUGGAAAUGUUUUUAUUUUUUACUUCAUUACUUCAGCGGUUUCAUCUUCAUUUUCCCAGUGGUUUGACCCCAGACCUUAAGCCAAAGUUAGGUAUGACUUUGCAACCUCAUCCAUACCUUAUCUGUGCAGAGAGGCGAUUUUGAACAUAAAUGUGAUAGCAACAAUUCAGUGCAUAAGGUUCUAACAGCCAGCAGCAUGACAGACUGAUGAGAUGAAUUAAGCCUUCCUUGACCAAACCAAUUAAAUCCUGUCCUGGUAUUAAAAAGAAGCAAAAUAUACUGUAUACUAUAGAAUGUCUGAGAUCCACAAAGGGAACAAACGAGUUGAUUUCUAAUGGGAGGAAAUAGAGAAUGGACAACUAGGAUGCUCUAUGCUACUAAAGUGUCAUAAUUGGGGUAGAUGUGGCAGUGAUCGCCUAGCAAGACAUUUAUGCACUUCUAAAGCACCAGGAGAGUUCCAACAUGGUUAGGAGCUUUAUAACUACUUCAGCUUCCAUAUCAAUGAUCAUCUAUGUUGGAACUUCUCAGAGUGGCCACUGCCUCAGCCAAUUCAAAUCUGGAUAUUGUGCUUUCCACUUGCUUUGGAGGUAGAUGCUGACAAACACAUACAUGUACAAAUGCAAAUACUGUACCGAUAUUGUGUUAUAUCUGAAACCAUCUUGUUUGAGGAUCCACUGGGAUCUCACAUGGACCAAGCUAGUGGAUAGGAGGUGUGUUGCUAUACAAAUAUGUCUCUAAAUAGUUUGUCUUCUUUUCAGUUGGCCCUCCUGUUGAAAAUGCAGAUGAGGUCAUUUCUGCAUAUGACAGUGCACAGCUUGAUAGCUCCAGAAAAAGAACUAUCACUAUUUUUAAAUAUUUUUUAAAUUAAGCCUAAAUACAACCACAAAGAGAUCUUUAUACAAUUAUGUCUAAAACAUACCUAUAAACAACAAUAACUAAAUAGACUUGACUAAGCUACUAAACAAAAAGAAACACUACUAACUUUCCCCCCAGCUGAUGGAUAUAUACCAUUAUUAUUAUACUUCUCUAUAUAUGAUAUUAUGUUGAUGCCUUUACAACAUACAAACUGUUUAUUUUACAAAACUAAAAUUGAGUCAUAUCCCCAAUGAGACUGCAAGUAUGUAAUAAAUCCAAUCUUUCUUUAAAAUUCUCAGAGAUUUUUCUUUGAUCAUCAUUGCCCAUUUGUCCAUUUCAGCAAUUCAGUCUUCUUAGAUUGGAAUAUCAGUGUUUCCAUCUCUGACACUAAGCCAUAUUUAAAAUAGAAUUACAGUACAGAGACACUUUAGAUCUUGCUACUAGAAAUAUUUUGUUCAGAAGCAAUAUACUUCAGGGGAAGGAGCCGACCAAAGGUAACUUGAUAACUGGGAGGAUGUUUUAGAACAGCUUAGAUAAUUUUUUUCGUUUGCAAUAAAAAUACAUAACAGACUUCUAUGCAAUGAAAAGAUGAUUGGAUCAGUUAUGCUUCAUUUAUGAAGCUGCACCACUUUGUUUUUAUACCUUUUUCUUUCAUAUACUAAGUUUUGUGUUUCUCAUUGAUUAAAUGGGAAGAUUGUAAUGUGCCUGUAACUGUUACAUUAUUAACAGCAUUAGACAAAAUGUAUGGUAGUUUAAUACUGUAUUUAACAAUGGGGUUAACACCUGAAACUCUCAUCAUUCAGCUUCAUUCGAUGACCCUGGGUUCUUGUAUUAUGGGAGGGAGAAAAGUUGAUUUCUGUCAAGUUUCUCUAUACCAUGUGUUAUUAUACUCUCUCAUAUCUCCUUUCCCCCACCCUCAUCCAAGCUAAAAAGCCCCAAACAUUAUAAAGCAGGAAACAUUUUCUAAGUGGUCUGUAAUCCUCCCUAUAUUGGGUGACUGUUCUAGACCCAUCCCUGUUGCAUUGUUAUUCAGGUAGAUUUCUGUUGAAAUCUUUUUCUUUCUUGAAGAAAAAGAUUUCAACAUUCUGUCUGUUGAAUUUUUAUUUUAUUUUACUAUUAAAAUGUUUUCUUGCCCUAUCUCAGGACAGUGUACAGGCAAAAGGUAUUUUAAAUAGUUUGGAACAGUGAUGAGCAACAUGAACAAUUUAAACCUGUCUAAAAUUCACAAAAGAAGCCAUGCAUGGAUCAGAUUAAGAUCCUUUGACUACAAAGGCAUCUGAGUUUGACAGUAAGAUGAAGUCAGUUUUAAUGCAAAGCAGGUCUUCAAAGGAGGGUAUUUCACAACUGGGGUACAUUAGCAGGGAAAACUUUCUCCUUUGCCUGCACAGAAGGCCUAUCUUGUAGAUAUCGGUUGUUGGGCAGGUAUAUAUAGGGCAAGGUGCUCCAUCAAAUAUCAAAUCACGUCAAGAUCCUUGAAUUGAGAUUAGUGUAUAGUCAGUGGGAUGCCUUCAACUUGUGUCCCAGGAUCUUUCUGGGAUGCUCCUGACAGCAGUUUGUCUACUACAUAUUGCACUAGCUGCAGCAUCUAUGUCAUGUUUAAGGACAGACCCAUCUCCUGGCCAGGACAUUACCAGUGCAUGGCCAUGUUAUCCCUGUUCGAUACAAAUCAUGGUUAGCAAGACAAUCUAAGCCACUUGGAAGUCCAUCUGGCCUAUAUUGACAGAGAUAGUGCCAGAAAUAUUCCCAGGUUACGCAGGUGUUCCUUCAGGAGUGCAACCUCACUCAAUUCCUAACACAGAGCCUUAUCUUCUUAGGCUCUAACUCAGUUUACUGGUCCUUGUCCAUCCCAUUAUAGCAGUCAGGUUUAGCAUUUCCACAGCUUCACUGGACAAUAAGCAAUAGAGAUGGAUGUCAUGAGGCUACUAAUGGUUUCCAAUUCCAAAAUGUCUGGCGACACUAGCACAGGAGUGGGGAACCUAUAGCCCUCCAGUUUCUGAUGAACUACCUCAUGCCUCACCACCAGCCAUGGAGAAGGAAGUUUUUGCCAGGCUCAUGAGGGCUUGGUGGUAGCUGUUCCCCUUAUGGUGAGGGUACAUGUAGGGACAUGAUGGUUUAGUAACUUAAGACUACAUGUAGAGUCACCAUAAGAGGAGGAGCUCCAACCAAGCCCUCAUGAGCCUGGCUAAAACUUCCUUCAGCUUAGGUGGUGGUGAGGCAUUAUGGAAAUGGUAGUUCAUCAGAACAUGGAGGUUUCCCACCCCAAUAUAGCAGCUCCAUAUAGAUACUCCACAUCACAUAGAUAGAUAAACUACGGAUCCCUGUUGAGCCCUUAAUAGCCAUAGGCAGUGAUGUAGCGGGGGGGGUUGGGGGGGUCCGGACCCCUCCCAUCAGAAAUGGGGAUGUCCAAGCUCCUUCCUUCCCCUCCUCCUCCCCUCCAUCAAAAGCACGGACUCGGAGGGAAAAGGGGGAAAAAGUCUCAGGGAGCAGGGAGGCUCAGAGAGGGAGAGAGGGGGAGCAGGAACAUAGCGAAGGGAGGGGUCCGAGGGGUCUGGAGGCGGGGGCAGUGCCUGUUCAAGCUCCUUCCUCCUGCUUCCUCCUUCCAUUGGAGCAGACUCAGGAGAGAGGGAGGGAGGGGAGAGGGCUGGUCUCCCGGCAACAUCUUUGCCCCUCUUUCCCUCUCCCUCCUCCUCUGUGCUUUUCCCAGAAAAAAGUCUCCGUUCGGGAGAGGAGGAGGAGGGAGAACUAAAGGAAGGAAGGAAGGGGAAGAAAGGAAGAAAAAGGAAGGAAGGGAGAAGGAAGGCUCUAAAAGGAAAUAUCAAAGAAAGAAAAGGUGGCUUCUAAUAACAAUAAUCAACUACAGGUUGAAUCUCCCUUAUCCAAAAUGCUGAGGACUAGAUGUAUUUUGGAGUUUUUCAGAGUUUGGUAUGUUUAUAUAUGUAGAAUGGUAUAUAUUGAAGCUACUUGAGUCCAACCAUUAAACCCAUUCACGUUUCAUAAGCUCAUCCUUAAGUAGCCCCUUUUUUGCCCUCCUCUGAGUGUCUCUGAGCAUGAACAGAGUGGCUGCUGCUUAUUGCUUGAGCAGCUGCACUUUGCUUUAUCAACCUGAAUUUAUCUGAUGUGAACAGCUUGAGAGGAAGGACUCCGUUUGUAUCUGCACUAAAGAAAUAAUCCAGUUUGAUGCCACUUUAACUGCCCUUGACUCCAUGCUGUGGAAUGCUGGGAUUUGAAGUUUGUUGUGGCACCUGACAGAGAUGGCUAA